AUGGGGGACAAUGAAUCAAGAGGAGAGGAAGAGCAAGAAAUAGGAAGGAGAAUGGAAAAUGGCAGGAAAGAAGACGGAGAAAAACUGCGAAAGAGUAGGAGAAAGAUACCAAAGGAAUGGAAAUGGGAGUUUACGGAGAGAAGUAGUAAGAAAGGAAGAAUGAAAGGGGAAAUAGUACUUAUGAAAAAAGAAUUAAAAUGGAAGGAUAAAAUAAAGAUGUGUAAAGGGAUAAAGGAGGUAAAAUUAGAGGGAGAGAAAUGGAGAAUAACGAUGGAGAACGACAUUAGAAAAAGGGAUAAACAAGCAAGAGGAACAGGGAAAGAGAGAAUGUUGAACCAGGAAACCAGAGACAGCUGCAGCGAAAAUCGCUGCCAGGUGGUAUUGCAACUGCAAAAGCUGGACAUGAGAUUGAAUUCUCAAUCUCAACUAAUUCAGCAAUUGCAACAACAACAGCAACAACAACUGCCACAACCGCAGCAGCAGCAGGAGCAGCACCAGGAAUAA